AUGACCCGUCAGAGCACCGAAGCAGAACUCCUCGCCUCUCGCAUUACACAACUCGUCCGCAAAUAUGACGAGGCGAAUAAUGUAGGUGCCGAAGCCAGUGAAGUCAUUCGGUCUAUCUCUGCCACCUGCACGGAGCUCAAUGCUUUGGUUAGCACUCCAGAAAGUUGGGUUGAGCGUAUAGCUUUAUCGUACAAUGGCAGUGCGGCAAUCUGCAUUCUCCUCGACCUGAAUAUUUUCCAUCUACUCUCAAAGAACGGAGGAAGAUGUGCGCUGAAGGAGGUCGUGGCACAACAUAUUCUCGAUGAGCCCUCUCUGGAAUUGUACAAGCUUAACAAUCGGUCAGGUUAUCUUUUGGAUGAUAAUAGCGCAUCCUGGGCCCACUACCUAGCAGAUGUAGGCCUACAAGCAGCAGCUUCCCUCCCGCAGUAUGUUCGUGAUAACCGCGGACAGAUAGUAGAGGGUCAGCACCGGAGCGCCUUCCAGAUAGCAUUUGACACUGAUGAGCCCUUCUACCAAUACCUACGCUCGGCUCACCCCCUUCGGAGCGAACGCUUCGAUAAAGGCCUCCAGCGCCACGUCGCGGGGGCCGCACAGACGAGUAUCGAGGACACCUUCGAUUUUACCUGCUUGAAGCCUGGCGCUGUUGUUGUCGACAUCGGCGGAGGACGCGGACAACAUUCCAUCCGAAUUGCUAGACGACACCCGCAGUUAUCUUUUAUUAUCCAAGACUACGAAAGCGCCUUCCCGAGCAAGGAAGACGUCAACGAUGAGGGCGUGUAUCGUCGACUCCAGUGGCAGCAGCAUGACUACUUCACGGAGCAACCCGUUAAAGGCGCAGACAUCUACAUGUUGUGUAAUAUUUUGAUGGACAAUUCAGCAAGUGACUGUCGACGCAUUCUAGAAGGUAUCGCUGAAGCCAUGACUCCAAAAAAGUCUGUCCUCUUGAUCGAUGACGGCAUCGAGCUUGUUAAUUCGCAUCAAUUCCAUUCGUGCUACGGAAGCUCGAUGAAUAUGCAUAUGCUGGCGGUCCUGGGCACCCUAUUCCGGACAAGGGAACAGUGGGAGGUGCUGUUCUCACAGAUUCCAGGCAGGCUGGAAGUGACCGGUUCUUGGGCUGUGGACGGUGGUAGAGUUAUCUUCGAGUUGAGAAGAAUGGCUUGA